AUGAACAGGCAUCAGUGUCCCUUACACGAGCCUCCCCAGGAGUCUCCAGAUGGCUCAAGCCCCAUGAGCUUAUUUCCACAGAUGCCCCUACGGGACUUGGAUUCCGAAAUAGAGAAUAUCGAAAAAUUCUUCUUACUGGGCCUCAAUAUCAAGAUUCUCCACAGCAUCGAUUUCAUCCAGAACGAACUUUCUCUUGCGUCUCAAGAGAUCAGCGGCUAUUACCAGUCACUGAUUCAGCGCACCCAACCGGGGCCUCAUGACUUCCACUCUUCCCCAUACCCCCAAAUGCCAACGGACAAGAUUGUCGAUUACACAGAGAGCUACAGGCUUCGAUAUAACUCAGCACGGAACUUCAUCAAGCGAAUUAAGCUAGUAUGUCGGAGGUUACAGAAAUUCCUUACAAAAGAACCCAGUGUGACGGGUUGUGAAAAGCAUCGCCUUAGAACAACCCAGGGACUUUUCCGGCAUCCAAAGGUUGUUUUAGGGAAUGGCCUCCAUUACCUGAGGCUUACCGGGACGAAUUAUCAACCACUUGAUUUGAUCUCAGCCUUUUCCGCUCUCAUAGUGGCGUCUAGCUUGAUCCAUCAGGCGCCAGGCCAAGUCAAAGAGCUGGAACAGAAGUUCAAUGAAGAUCUUGGUCGAUGGAAAACCUUGAGUGCCCAGAACCAACCAGACCCAUUUGGCUUGUUCCAAGAGGUCGUUGGUGCCGCAUUUGCCCUCAAGUCCUUCCCAAGGGCGCAGCCCUUGUCCGUGCCAGGAAACGAAGGGCUUCCUCCUCGGGUUGCAAACAUGCACCCGUUCAACCCCAACACUAAAAAUGACAUAGCUAUUCAAGAAAUUUAUGAUCAAGGUCCGGAUCUGGAUGCAUCCGAAAACAAAAUAGACAAUUUAUUUGGGGCUAGCGAGGAUCAUCAAGCUCCAGACCAGCACGACUCUGGCAUUAGCAUGGGCACUUCUGUUGAAGACAGCAUGUACUAUCAGAUGCCAGAUGAGGGCGCCGACGAUCCCUGGGCUCCGGUUAUGCAGUAA